AUGCCGUCACCCUUCUUCGCUGCCAGUCGCUCCGACCUGCGACCGCUUCUCUCCCAGCCACAGCACCAGCAGCCGUUUGCACGCUUCCUUUCCGGCCGUUCGUCCCGGCCUCGCCCACGCAUCGCCACCGCUGCCAGCCCGACCAUGAACACGUCUCUGCUUCUGGCCUCCGUCGUCGUCGCUGCUGGCGCCUACUAUGCGCUGCAUGGCCGCGGCAGCCACUCCGCUCAGGCCGAGGCGCCCGGCGGAACGCCCACCUUCUCGCGCUUUGGCUUCCACACCCUCAAGCUGGCCAGCAGCCAGGACAUCAACCACAAUGUCAAGCGCUUGCGCUUCGACCUCGGCGACCCCAAAAAGCCCAACGGACUAGCUCUGACCUCAUCCCUGCUCGCCAUAACCUUCCCGGCUGGGCGUUGGCUGCCCGUCUUGCGGCCUUAUACGCCUCUUGGCCAUGUCGAUCUGCUCGUCAAGCAGUAUCCCGGCGGUAAGCAGUCGACACAUCUGCACGGGCUCCAGGCCGGCGACAGCGUCACUUUCUUCCGCAUCCCCGCCUAUUCCUACAAGCCCAAUGAGCAUUCCCACGUCGGCGUCGUUGCCGGUGGCCAGGGCAUCACUCCCUGCUACCAGCUCGUGCGCGGCAUCCUGCUCAACCCCGAAGACCGCACGCGCGUCACGCUCGUUUGGGGCGUGAAUGCGGACAGGGAUGUCAUGCUGGCCACUGAGCUGGCCGCCCUGCAGCGCGCCUAUCCGGACCGUCUUACCACGCACAUUGUCGCUAGCCACCCCUCCGCCGACUCACAGUACCCCAAAGGCUACGUAACGGGCGAGCUGCUAAAGAGCGUCGGAAUCGUGCCGGACGCUGCGAGCGAGAAGCCUAGUGGCACGGCUACAGGCGUGAGCAAGGUUUUUAUCAGUGGCCCGCCCGCUAUGGAAAAGACAUUUGGUGGUCGCAACGGCGCCUUUACGCAGCUAGGCUUUACCAAGCCUCAAGUUCACAACUUCUAA